AUGAGGCAGCGCCAGCCAAUCUUCUUUCGAGAGCUCCGCUUCUUCUUUCCAAGAACCUCAGCUGAGACGGCGCGCGUGCAGGAGCGGACACUAGGGCGCGAGCGACAAGACGGGAGCCCCGACGGCAUCCUCGGCGUCGGAUGGAGCACAGGCGACGCAGACCUCGACCGGCGCGUGGCGUCCAUGCUGAAAGCCUUGGAAGGGACUCCGUUUGCGUUUUCGAAGGAGACGUUCGCGCAGCUCGUGCUUCAGCUGCGUCUAAAUCUCCUCGCGACGCCUCAGCUGCCCGAUGUGCUCUGCUUUCCGCGCUUUUUCGAGAGCAAGAACUCGAUCUCGCUCGUCCCGGGGCUCUGUCUCUUUAACCACAGCUGCCUACCGAACCUAAGCGUCCACUCGCUUGGAGACAUCCACCUGAUCUUCGCGCGAGGCCACGUUGGGCGCGCGAGCAGACGGAGCGAGAGCCAAGGCGCAAGCCGCGACUCCGCUGCCGCUCUCUCCGCGGAAGAGCCGGCCGCGGAGGCGCUGGCGAGCGCAGGAGACGAGACUGAGUUGAGCUUCGCCUACGGCGGAGAAGCCGCUGCGGGCGAGUGCGGAGUGCACCGACCCCGCACGCGCCAGCGGAGGUGGGGCGGCGGCGCGGACGAGAGCGGCGCGGACGAGAGCGGCGCGGACGAGAGCGACGAGGACGAGAGCGACGAGGACGAAGACUGCGCGAGCCGCGGAGACCGGGAGAGUGGGAAGGCGAGGCAGGUGAAGAGCCUACGAGGGGUCGCGCGGGAUUUCGUGUGCGCCUGCGCGCGGUGUCGGCGCGAAGCAGAAGAAGAGGCGGCGCAGCGGCGGCGCGAGGAACGCAGGGAGAAAACGCCAAGCAAGAAGAAAGCGUCUAGAGAAUCGGAGUCCGAGGACGACAUGGAAGACGAAGCUGUGAGUGUGAUGGAGGACAUUCGCGACGAACUCCGAGCCAUGCGCCCCGUUGAGAGAAUCGAAUUCAUCGAGGCAGUUUUCACGCACGCGGCUCUCCCGGACUCGCCGCCGCUUUUGCUCGAAGAAGAGCAGGACCUCCUCUCUACUCUCUCUAUUUCCCAUCUUCAAAAGUUUGAUUUCGCGGCUUCCCUCGUCGCCUGCGCGCGCGCGAUGCUCAGCUGCUGCGUGCUUGAGCGGAUCUCGAAAGCCUCGCAACGCGACAGGGAGACGGACAGGCUCGAGGCCUUCGGCUGCGCGCGGCUCUCGCCGGCACAGCGUCGCCUGCUUCUUGCGCCCGUCCCAGGCCCUCACGCCCGCUUUUCAAGCUGCGCAGAGACCCCCGCCGCCGGCGACGCUGGAGACGCAGACGAGGCGUGGACCUGGCGCUACGGCGACGUGCGGACUUGGAACUUGUCAGGCCUCGUCUGCUUCGCUGUGCAGGCUGCUGUGAGUCUGCUGCUCUUGGUGGACGCGGCGGAGACUCAAACUCCAAAGUGCGGAGCGCCUGCCGCAGGCGCGAGCGCGAAACGAGGCGCGGCGACAGAGCGCGAAGCAGACGCCAAGGGCGGCGGGUUUCCAUGCCAGCGCGUGGAACAUGGGCGCCAAGACGGGGGCAGCAGCAAAUGCGGAGUGGACGACAUCGACGCAGAGGGGAGGCAGACCGCGCGGGACGUGGAGGCCAACGCGAGGUGCGCGAGCGAGCGAGAGAUCGCCAAAGAUCUCAUUCGACACGCUUCGAGACUUCACCGCACUCUGCAAGGCGGUGACUUCCGUUUGUUCCUUGCGCGCUUCGAGGGCGACUUCUCGCUGGCGUUUUUGAAUUCGCAAGGCGCCUUCGGCCUGUCCUCUCUGCAUGCGGCGGCGCUGAAACGCGCAGACGUCUGGCGGGUUGCGGAGGAAGUCUGCGUGGCGGACGCAAGACAAGCUAUGAGAGGAGAAAAACAGAAGAAGAACUGGAGUCAGGAAGGCGCGCGCCGGGUAGAUGAAGCGGGGGACGACAAGCAAGGAGAAGAGACGGAACAGCGGAAGAGAGGAGGGAAGAUGGAAGCUGCCUGCGAGGCAAGAGAUGAAGCGGAACGAGGGGCUGGUCACGGCGGUGAUGAGGCCCUCAUUUCCGCAGUGGAGCUUCUGCAGCUUGCGCGGGCGCUGGCGAAGAGAAAAACGAGAGAAGAGGAGAACACAACUCGAGGAGAUUCGGUGGAGUACGAGGGAAGGAAGAAGAAAAAGGUGCGGAAAGAAAAGAGAGGCACGGAUAGAUCCGCCACGCUGAAGAAGAAGGACAAGAUGCGGGCGCGACAGCCGGCAGACGCGGAUGGCGAGAUGAGGAGGCCAAAGAAAUACCUCAACAAGAGGAAAAAAAUCAAGAUGUCUCUGAAGAUAAGCAACCAAGGCGAGUCCGGAGGGGACUGUAAGACGAAUUUGAAGAGGGAAAAAAAAGGGGAAGGCAAACGCGCGAAACUUCGCCGGCGCGCGACUUGA